AUGAACGGACUAGUUAAUCCCAAUCAAGAGCAAAGGCUACGUGAUAUUCAAAGGCCAACGGUCACUGCAAACCCGUCAUGUAUCCGUUUGAGUGAAGCAGCAAGGAACUAUGAGCUCAAAACUUUCCAUCUCAAUAUGCUGCCUCAGUUUAAUGGAAUGGCUACUGAAGACUCACUAGCCUUUAUCAGAGAUUUCUAUGGUAUUGUGCAGACUUUACCGCUGAACAAUCUCAAUAAGGAUGAGUUAAGGACGAGAUGUUUUCCUCAUUGUCUGAAAGGAGACGCGAGACAGUGGCUAUUGAACCAGCUAGAAGGUGUUUUUCUCACAUGGGAGGAUGUCUACAAUGAAUUCAUGCUGAGAUUCUACUCACCACAAAAGACCAUGGAUCUCAGGGCAAAAAUUUGCAACUUUGUGCAACGAGAUCCAGAAUCUUUUCAUGAAGCAUGGGAAAGGUUUAAGCUGCUCUUAACUCAAUGCCCUCAUCACCAAGUGCCAGAGAAUUUGCUGACUCAGUUUUUCUAUGAUGGCCUGAACGUUAAUUGUCAAACGCUAGUUGACACAACUUCUGGAGGUUACUAUGGAGAUACCACAGCUGCAGAACUCAUGAAAACCUAUGAGAAAUUGGCAAUGAAUUCAAGGCAGAAGGCAAUCAGAGGAAAAAGGGCAGGAAUAUAUGAAAUCAACUCUCAUUCCGAUCUCUCAGCACAAAUGGCUGAUUUAACCAAGCAAGUCAAGAUGCUUGUAGAUAAAGAUACUUCCAAUCAAGAGUCAUGCGCCUUUUGUGGGAUGUUUGGACACAAUGCAAAUGUGUGCGCAAACAUUGGAUCGACACCACCAAACAGUGAGGAAGCAAAUUUCAUGGGAGCCUUCCAGGGUAGACAAGUCAAGAAUGAUCCUUUCUCAAACACUUAUAACCCUGGAUGGCACAACCACCCAAAUUUCUCAUGGAGGGAUCAAGGAGCGAAUAGGCAAGAACCACCUCCGGGAUUUCAGCAACAAAGACAAGUUCUCCCACCUCAACAAUAG